AUGUCUGAUACUAAUAUAGAUAAAAAAUCAUCUAAUCAACAAAAUGUAUCAUUAAAUGAUAAUAAAUCAUCAUUACCAACUACAUCCACUUCAUCAUUGACUGAUACAGCUAACAAUGUUGCAAUUAGACCAGAUUUAAAAGAUCAACCAUCUAGUAAUAAAUCAUCUUCAUCAUCAUUAGAUCAAAGACCAAAUUAUCAAAAUCAUCAUCAACAACACCAUUCUCAAAGUUCAUUGAAUUCUAGUAACUAUAGUCAGGCUAGUCAACAUCAACAGCAACAACAUUUUCAUAACUAUAAUCAACAACAACAACAACAGCAACAACAGUACAACAAUUAUAAUGGAAAUUCUGGCUAUUACUAUAAUAAUAAAAAUCAAUACAACAACAACAGCAAUAAACAUUAUCCAAAUAGUAGACAAGGCUCAUUCAAUCAAAAUACUAAUCCUAAAUAUAAUAAUAAUCAAAAUAAUAAUCAAACUGGUCCUGGUCAUAGAAAACUGUAUAGUAGUUCAAAAAUGAAUUAUCCUCAUCCUCAACAAGAUCAUCAACAACAGCAACAACAAAGUCAACAACAACAACAACAACCAUAUGGAAACUUUGUUUAUGGAGGUACUCCUAUGUAUGCUGCUUAUAAUUAUUAUCCUCCAAUGUAUGUUCAACCUAUUCCUUAUACUACUCAACAAACUUCUCAACCAUAUAUACCUCAACAACAACCAAAUGGGGGUGCUUCUACAGGUUCUACUCCACAACAUCAACAUCAGCAAUUGAGGACUCCACCAGUUGCAAGAGUUAAAUUGACUACAAAAGAUGGUAAACCAGUUGAUUUAGAAGAUAAAAAGAAAAAAACAGCUUCAUCUACUCCAGUUGCAUCACCAUUUUUGAAAAAUGCAUCACCUGCUGUAAAUACUACUACACCAGCCACUGAAACUAAUAAGGCACCUUCUUCAACCGGUGAAACUAAUGUUCCAUCAUCAAGAAGUUCUAAUAAUUCCCCAGUUGUAACUAAAGAAACUCCAACUGCUAAACCAGGACUUUCUGCUGCUGAAGAGUUUAAAAGAAAAAUUAGAGAAAGAGCCGCUGCUGCCGCUGCUGCAAAGGAAAAACAAGAAAAACAAGAAAAACCAGCUGAACCAGCAGUGAAGGAACAAACCAAAGAUGAAACUCCACAACCAAAAGUUGAAGAACCUAAAAAGGAAGAAGAAAUAAAGAAAGUUGAAGAACCUAAACCAGAAGAAAACAAAUCAGCACCUUCCACCUCACUUGAGUCAAACCCCGUAGAUGAGAUAGAGGAAAAACCAUCAGAGACUUCAACAGUUAACGAACCUAAAGAGGAAAGCGAGAUAAAAGAACCAAUAGUAGAACCAAAAGAAGAACCAAAAGAAGAACCAAGAGAAGAAUCAAAAGAAGAGUUAAAAGAAGAGUUAAAAGAAGAAACAAAGAAGGAAUCAACUGAAGAACCAAAAGAUGAAUUUGAAGCAAAAUCUCAAAUAAAGGAACUUCAAGGAUCUAGUGAGGAAUCCAAACAGGAAGAACAAACAAUCGAGCCGAAGGAAACAGAAGAUUCAACCACCAGUUCAACUGAAUCUACAACUUCUUCUGCACCAGAAUUUAAUAUUACUCAAUUCUUAGAAAGAUUAACUAAAAUCAAUACUAUAACUGAUAUUUUAUCUACUACUUAUCCUGAAAAUAUUAAAGGUGUUGAUGAAUCAAAACAAAUACCUUCUAAAAAAUAUAGAUAUGAUCCUCAAUUUUUAAUUCAAUUUCGUGAAAUUGUUCAAUAUCCAAUUGAUUCAAGUUUUAAAACAAGAUAUGAAUUUAUGGAUUUAAGUCAACAACAACAAGGUGGACCAGGAGGUUUUAAAAGAUCUGGUUCAACUAGAGAUGGUGGUUCAAUACGUAAUAAUUUAGGAGGUGGUCAAAGACAACCAAGUUCUAUGAAUACAAGAUUUAAUGCUCCUCAUGGUGGUAAAGGUAUAUUAGGUGCACAAGCUAAUUUUGAUAAUAGUAGACAAAAUUCAAGAAGUGGUUCAAAAAGAAGAGGUACAUCAUCAAGAGAUAAAUCAACUAGAAAAGGUGGUGCACCAAGUAAAAGAGGUGCGAACCCAAGAGAAAUGCGUGAAAAAACUGAAGAAGAAAUUGCAAAAGAAACAAAACCCGUUGAAGAAGUUAAACCUUUGGAAAAAACUGCUAAUAGAUGGGUUCCAAAAUCAAGACAAGCUAAAACAGAAGUACGUUAUGCAGAAGAUGGUUCUAUCAUAUUAGAAAAAGAUGAUGUUGAAAGAAAAAUAAAAUCAUUAUUAAAUAAAUUAACAUUAGAAAUGUUUACUGCUAUAACAGAUGAAAUGUUAAGUAUAACAAAACAAUCUAAAUGGGAAAAAGAUGCAGCUACAAUAAAACAAACAAUUUCAUUAACUUUUCAAAAAGCAUGUGAUGAACCAUAUUGGUCAGAAAUGUAUGCAAAAUUUUGUGCUAAAAUGACUCAAAAUAUAUUACCUGAAAUUACUGAUGAAACAAGUACAUUAAAAGAUGGUACUCAUCCAUCAGGUGGUGCAUUAGCAAGAAGAGUAUUAUUAGCUACAUGUCAAGAAGAAUAUGAAAAAGGUUGGAGUGAUAAAUUACCAACAAAUCCAGAUGGAUCACCAUUAGAACCUGAAAUGAUGAGUGAUGAAUAUUAUGCAAUGGCAGCAGCAAAAAGAAGAGGAUUAGGUUUAGUUAAAUUUAUUGGUCAUUUAUAUAAUUUGAAUAUGUUAAAUGAUCAAGUUAUAUAUGUAUGUUUAAAAGAUCAAUGUAAUAAUACAAUUGAUCCAAGUGAAGAUAGUUUAGAAAAUUUAGCACAAUUAAUUAAAACAGUUGGACCAAAAUUAGAUUCAAAUGAAAGAACAAAAACAAUGCUUAAAAUUGUAUUUGAUAAUAUUCAAAUAAUAUUAGAUAAAGUAAAAUUAAGUUCAAGAAUUAAAUUUAUGUUAAUGGAUUUACAAGAUUUAAGAAAAAGUAAAUGGUCCAGUGGUAAAAGUGAAGCUCAACCAACAACUAUUGAAGCUAUUCAUAGAGAUGCUGAAAUAAAUAGAUUAAAAUUAGAAAAAGAAAAAAAUAAAAAAAGAUAUGCUAGUGGUUCAGGUGGUGGUGGAAUUGGAAUGAAUGAAAGAUCAAGUCUGCAUUAUGGUAGAGAUAGAGAUUCAGGAUUUGGAUCAUCAUCAUCACAUAAUCAAAAUCAAAAUUUUAGUAGUAACAACAAUAACAAUAAUAAUGCAUUUUUUAAAAAAUCUCCAUCUUUUGGUAGAUCAAAUUCAAAUAUAAGUGGAGGUUUAGGAGUUGAAAGAAGUGGAUCACAUCAUAACAGUAAUUUUGAUAAAAAUACUUUUACUAAUGUAAGUAAUAAUAAUUCAACAACUGAUUUACAAAGAGAUUCUUCAAAAAGAUCAGAAAAUCAACAAAUUAAUAGAUUUGCUGCAUUAGAUGCUUUGGAUAAUGAUGAUGAUGAUGAUGAUGAUGAUGAUGAGGAAGAGGAGGAAGAUGAUGAGGAAGAGGGAGAAGAAGAAGGUGAAGAAGAAGUAGAGAAAGCUGAAGUUACUGAAGAACAAUCUUAA